CUCCUCUAACGUUAAACGACCAUUACCAUCAAGGUCCAAGCUUUCAAACAAAUCGCCAAGUUGUUCUUUGAACAAAAGAAAAUAAACAAUAUGGUUGAUCUAGAGGCAGCAACAGGAGUGCUAAAAAGAGCUGUAGAUUUAGACAACAGUCAUCGUUAUAAAGAAGCUUUGAUCUGCUAUCAAGAAGGAACUAGUUUGCUAAUGAUUGCUUUACGAAAAGAAACAGACUGUGUUAAAAAAAAAGCAUUACGACAGAAACUUGAUGAAUAUUUAAGACGUGGUGAAAUAAUUAAACCAUUGGUUCAAAGUCAGUGUGAAAAACACCAUGAGAAAAUCGAGAUCAAAGAUGGUGAGCAGGGUCAUACCUAUCAAAAAAUAUUUGAGAAGUGCUUGAUUGGAGAGCUGACAGAAGUGAGGGUUGAAGAUCCAUAUGUGAGAGCACAUCAUCAAAUAUUAAACUUUGUCCGAUUUUGUGAGUUGCUAGUGCAUCUUAAAACAGUAAAGAAAAUUUUCCUUGUGACAGGCUACCAUCAAGACAGAAUGAUGCAAGCAGAAAAGUUAAAAAAAUUAUCAGAUAGCUUAAAAAAAUAUAAUAUAAACCUGGAGAUAUCAUACUCUGAUACUUUGCAUGAUAGAGAGAUAAUAUUUGACAAUGGUUGGACUGUGAAGAUCGGAAGAGGACUUGAUAUAUUUAAGCCUGUAAAAGAUAACUGUUCUGUUGGUUAUUUCGAUCAAAGUUUCAGAGAGUGUCACGAGACAACAAUAGACUUAUAUAAGAAUACGUAGAUAAUAUUAAAAUUUAUUUAGAUAG